GCGGGCGUGGACGGGCGCUAGGGGCAGGGGACGGGCGGAGGAGGUGGGCGCCAUGGCGACCCCGGCGGCCUGGGCCGCGGCCUGCGAGAAGUUCCGCGCGUCGCUGUCGCUGUCGCAGGUGGAGUCCCAGAAGGACCCGGAGAACGACCCGUACAAGUCCAAGUACCGCGCCCGGGAGCUGCUGCAGGAGGUGAAGGCGCUGCUGGGGCCCGCGGCCGACGAGGACGAGGACGAGGAGGCCGGCGGCGGGGCAGGCGGCGGCCCGAGCGAGGAGGAGGGGCCGGCGGCGGAGCGCGCGGGGCCGGGGGCCGGGGCCGAGCCCAGCGCGCGGGCCGUGCGCCUGGCCGCCGUGGAGCUGCAGCUGGGCCUCAACCACAUCGACACGGAGGAGCUGGCGGCCGGCGAGGAGCAUCUGCAGAACUGCCUGCGCCUGGUGCGCCGCAGCCGCCUCGAGCCCGCCGCCGUGUCCCUGCACCUGCAGGCUCAGAAUAAUCUGGGUAUCCUGUGGUCUGAGAGAGAUGAAAUCGAAACUGCACAGACUUACCUGGAGUCUGCAGAAGCACUCUACAAUCAGUAUAUGAAAGAGAUCGGGAACCCUCCUCUGGAUCCAAAUGAGCAUUUUCUGGCUGAAGAAGAGAAGCUCACGGAGCAGGAGAGAUCCAGAAGAUUUGAGAAGGCGUAUACGCAUACCUUGUAUUACCUGGCUCAAGUCUACCAACACUUGGAAAUGAUUGAGAAGGCUGUCCAGUACUGCCACACCACCCUUAAACGCCAGCUGGAGCACAGCGGCUACCGCCCUGCGGAGUGGGCCAUCAACGCUGCCACCUUGUCCCAGUAUUACAUCAACAAGCAAUGUUUUAUGGAGUCCAGGCAUUGUUUAUCAGCCGCAAGCGUCAUCUUUAGCCAGGCCGAACAGACUGCAUCAACAGAAGACAGUGAGUCUGAAAGAGAACAAGACCAACAAGAUCUUCAUCAAAGAAAAGCAGAAAUCGCGAGGUGCUGGAUCAAAUACUGCCUCAGUCUCCUGCAGAACGCACAGGCCUCCCUGGAGGACAACAUAGGUGAACUUGACCUUGAUAAACAGUCUGAACUUAAAGCUCAGAGGAAAAGAGAGGAAGAUGAGAAGGAAAACGGCAGGAAGAAAGUUGUUCUCUUUGGCACUAGUGAUGUGUGUGACGCCAUCUUGGCUGUGGAAGAGAAAGUGGCCUGUGUGCCCCCGUUAGACUUUAGGGAAGCCAGAGAGGUGUUUUUAGUGGGCCAGAACUAUGUCUUUGAGGCGAAAGAGUACUUUCAGGUUGACGGGUACAUCACUGACCAUAUCGAAAUUGUCCAAGACCACAGUUCUCUGUUUAAGGUGCUUGCGUUCUUUGAAGAGGAUUACGAGAGGCGCUGCAAGAUGCACAAGCGGAGAAUAGACAUGCUAGAGCCCCUCACCGUAGACCUAAAUCCACAGUACUAUUUGUUGAUCAACCGGCAGCUUCAGUUUGAGCUUGCCCACACCUACUAUGAGAUGAUGGACUUAAAGGUGGCCAUCGCCAACAGGCUAGAGGAGCUCGAUUCACACACAAUAAAGAAAAUCAAUUCCCUGGCUCAGUCAGCCAUCAAGUACUAUGAGCUCUUCCUAGAUUCCCUCAAGGACCCCAAUAAGGUGUUUCCAGAGCAGCUCUCGGAAGACGUUCUCCGCCCUGCCCUGGUAGCCAAGUUCCACAUUGCUCGGCUCUAUGGCAAACUCAUCACUUCUGAUGGUAGGAAGGAGUUAGACAACAUGCAGGCAUCCUUGGAAUACUACACAUUCUUGGUUGACUACUGUGAGAGGUACCCCGAGGCUGUUCGUGCUGUAGAAACUGAGCUAGAACUCAGUAGAGAGAUGGCAGGUUUGCUUCCAGCCAAAAUGGAAAGACUCCGGGCUAAGCUGAGCCCUUUUACUUAAAAUCUUUGUCCCACGUGUCAUGGAAAUGUGCAAUAGAGCAGUGCCCUUGUUAGCCCCACGCCCCCUUCUAGGGUUCUUGCCUCUAGUGAGCAGGGAAGCCCAGCUAGCGCUCCAGGCAGGGCUCUCUUUGACUCGCUUGUCAGUAAAAUGAGUUCACGAUUUUCUCUUGAUUUUGUACAUUUCUUCUGUAAACUUGUGGUUAGUGUUUUAGAUGGCUUGUUUCCUAUCUCUCCUGCCUUAUCUUCUUCCACCACAAGAUCCAGUUUCUAAAUAUGAGUUACUUGCAGAAUAGUACUUAAGGGAUGAUUCUGGAUGAUAGAGCUGGUGGACAAAAGUUACUGUAUUUUUUAAAAGAAAUACAGUUUCCUAGGAAAAAGAAAACCCAUGAGCUUCAUGCAGUUCCUCCUCCUGGAAUUCUAACUCCCCAAAGAAAUGUUUACUCAUUACAAUUUUAUGAUAAUUAACCUAUAAUUUAUUUUAUAUGUUGUAAAAUUAUUUGUCUAUAUUAGAGGAAAAAAUAUUAGGGAUGUAAUAAAA